UUAAAAGUAAUGAUUGGGGGAGAGACUUUUUAAAUCUGCGAAGUCCGCCAGGUCUUUCUUCUUCUUCUCCUUCCAGCAAAUUCUUGGUUGCUCCAAUGGCUUCCACCGGAGCGUCUCUCUGUCCCACCGUAAUGUCCUCGGUUUUCGGCCGGGAAGUGAGGCCGUCAGCUGUAGGAAGCUCGAAGUUCAAGUCUAACAACAAGGUUUUGAUUUCGACUCGGCGACUGGCUUUGUCCGCCGAGCAGCCAGCGGCGGCGACGGUCGGGACGGAGUGGAAGGAAGGUGGUUUGGAGAAGGGAAUGUUUGAAGAGAAGCCCGAGGAGGAGGAAGCUCAUAGGAAUACGAGGAUAGAUGUUGAAGAAGAGAAGGAGAAGGGGAUGAGGAAGAAGCAUGGUAGCGAGAAGCAAGUGUUUGAGGUGGAGGAGGAGCGUAUGAGUUUGAAGGAUUACUUUGAUCAGGCCAAGGAUUUGAUCAAAUCAUCAUCAUCGGACGGUGGACCGCCGCGAUGGUUCUCGCCGUUAGAGUGCGGGUCUCGCUCGAGUAAUUCGCCUCUGCUUCUGUUCUUGCCUGGAACCGAUGGCGUUGGACUUGGACUCAUACGGCAUCAUCGAAGGAUAGGAAAAAUUUUUGAUAUAUGGUGCCUGCAUAUUCCGGUCAAGGAUCGAACGACAUUUAGAGAGCUCGUGAAGCUGGUUGAAAGAACUGUUAAAUCAGAGCAUCGUCGGUCACCCAAUAGACCUAUAUAUCUUGUGGGAGAAACUCUUGGAGCUUGCCUUGCGCUAUCAGUAGCUGCCCUUAACCCUGACAUUGAUCUUGUUCUAAUUUUGGCUAAUCCAGCUACUUCUUUCGACAAGUCACAACUUCAGCCUCUGAUACCUUUAUUGGAAUUCAUGCCUGACUCAUUCCAACUUAGCCUCCCUUAUAUUCUCAGUUUGAUGACAGGUAACUCUUUAAGGAUGGUGACAGCUAGUUUGGAGAAGGGAUAUCCUCUGCAACAUACGGUUGAAGAACUAUCACGUGAUCUGUUUGCUGUGCCAUCUUACCUCUCUGUUCUUGCUGAUAUCUUACCAAGAGAAACAAUUCUCUGGAAGCUGCGGAUGCUUAAAUCAGCUUCUGCAUUUGCCAAUUCACGCCUCCACUCUGUAAAAGCUGAAAUUCUAGUACUUUCCAGUGGAAGGGAUCAGUUGCUACCCAGUCAAGAGGAAGGUAAACGACUCUUCAAAAUGCUUCCGAAGUGUGAGAUUCGUCGAUUUGAAGAUAGUGGUCAUUUCCUCCUAUUGGAAGAUGAUUUUGAUUUGGUAACUGUUAUCAAGGGUGCUUGUUUCUAUCGGCGUUCAAAACAACAUGAUUACAUUUCUGAUUACAUGCCUCCAACCGCCACUGAGUUUAAAAAAAUAGUUGAUUCGUACAAUUGGUUUCAUAUGGCUACUAGCCCGGCGAUGUUCUCAACUUUGGAUAAUGGAAAGAUAGUGAGGGGCCUUGCUGGGAUACCUUCAGAGGGCCCUGUCUUGCUUGUUGGCUAUCACAUGUUAUUGGGACUUGAAAAGAUUUCGCUUGUAUCCCAAUUCCUGAUAGAAAGAAAUAUUCUUGUGCGAGGAAUAGCACAUCCAAUGAUGUUCAUGAAAUUUAAUAAAGGAAGGCUGUCUGAAUUAACGUUUGAUGCGCUAAAGAUCAUGGGGGCGGUUCCCGUAUCUGGAAAGAACUUCUUCAAACUUUUCUCUUCAAAUUCUCAUGUCCUACUCUAUCCAGGUGGAAUGCGAGAGGCACUUCAUCGGAAGGGUGAAGAAUACAAGUUAUUCUGGCCAGAACAGUCAGAGUUUGUGAGGAUGGCAGCUAGGUUUGGAGCCAAAAUCAUACCUUUUGGAGCUGUUGGAGAAGAUGAUAUUGGUGAAGUCUUUUUGGAUUAUGAUGACCAGGUGAAAAUUCCUUACUUUAGGGAUUACAUAGAGGAGACAAAAAAUGAGAUUGUGAGAUUGAGGACUGAGAAUGCUGGGGAGGUUGCAAAUCAAGAUCCAUACCUUCCAGGAGUUCUGCCUAAAUUUCCUGGCCGGUUUUACUACUAUUUCGGGAAACCAAUUGAAACCAAAGGGAUGAAGCAUGUAUUAAGAGACAGGGAGAAAUGCCACGAACUUUAUUUACAAGUGCAGUCAGAUAUUCAGAGAUAUAUUGAUUAUUUGAAGGAGAAAAGAGAACAUGAUCCUUACAGAAAUCUAUUGCCUCGGCUGCUUUACCAAACCACACAUGGAUUUACAUCUGAGAUUCCUUCAUUUGAACCUUGAUCAGUAUUUAUAUAUAUAGAGGGAGAGAGAGAGAGAGAGAGAUUAAGAGAGCUAGGACUGAUUUAAGGGCAAUUCUAUUGGGUGAUCAAAGCCUUUUCUAAAAGAGUUAAAAAUCCUUUAGCUGCCUUA